AAACUAGAUCAAAUCUUCUUUACCAUCCAAAUACUUUUUCUUCUCCAACAAAAGAAAACCCCCUUAUACCCACCGAAACCUCCUGCCGCCCGGAAACCCAACCAACCGCCCGCCCGGAAAUCCUCCUGCCGCCGUCUAUAACCUACUGCCGCCGCCUCUGUAACCUGCAGCCGCUCAAGCCUUCUGUAACCUGCCGUUUUCUGUUUUAUAAUAUCCCUAUAUAUUAUAAUAAUCCCCCGCUCCAAAACCCUUCUUCACAAGAAGAAGAAAGUAGGUUAGGGUUUCAAUUUCGAGUGACCAAUCAAUGUCAGGAGUGCAUCACCACGCCGGCGUCGAGGUUCCGAUAAUCGGCAGCGAUUCAACUAAAUGGUUCAAUCUAUCUCUGCCCAAACCACCAUCACCAACACCACAGCUACACUUUGCUCCUCCUCUUAGUACAGACGCUUCUUCUUGCUGCAUUGUUGGAGAUCCCCCUAAUUAUUUCAUAUGGAGAAUAAACAAGACUUGUCCAAAUGUCCUCGAGAUAGUUGAAUUCUGCACCUUUUCAGAAUUCCCAAGGGCUGGAUUGCGGAUUGAUUUUGCUACUCCCUUAUCUCCAUUUGCUUUCCUAUGCAAAAAUGAAUUUUCUAGUGCUUCUGGGAAACCGUACAUGCUUUACGCAUUGAGUGUUUCUGGAGUUGCAUAUCUUAUUAGACUGACUGAUAUCAAUAACUAUGGAUCAUGUUCUGUUUUCCCACCCGAUGAGGUUUUUGAGCUGAAUAUUCAGAGUUAUUGUGAUUAUGGAGGCAUUACCGCUAUAGCAGCUACCGCAGGGUGUCUUGUGAUAGGUGGAAGGGACGGAUCUGUUGCUUGUUUCCGACUUGGCAUCCUGGAUUCUGGUGCUCCAGGCUUUCUACAUGAACUACGAGAUGAUUCAAGUUUUGGCCGCUUAUGGAGUUUGAUGUCCAGGAAGACCGUAGCUCCCGUGAUGGAUAUGGUAUGUUUAGAGAUUCAAGGGAGAAAAGCUCUUCUGGUGCUACAUUUGGAAGGCGUAUUACAAGUGUGGGACCUUUUGAGCUGUAGCCGACUUCUGAAUUAUAACAUGAACGUUUCAACAUUGGAAGGAGCUACAUUCAUGAGGUUAUGGGCAGGAGAAUCUACCAAUGAUACAAGUAUACUACCUUUGGCGGUCCUGCAUAAGCCUAAUUCGGGUGGUGGGGAGAUGAUCUCGUUAUACUGUUUGCAAUUUAAUCUGGGAGGGAGGACUAGUUUUACUAUUGAGCCUUCAACAUCUAACAUAUCCAUGCCAGAGGGUGUACUUAUUGAUGUCAAGCUUUCCUCAAAUAAAAUCUGGAUUCUUGAAGAAGACGUAUUGGUAGUGCACAACUUGUCAAAUUCAAGUGAGAGCAGGAAGUCCGAGGAAGUCUACAUUUUACAGGAUACUGUUGUUGCUGACCAACUAUUUCAGAACUCCGAGCCUGAUGCAGACGAUCUUCUUUUGCUUGCUUAUGCACUAUAUCCAUCUGCUAAGGAGAAAAUUGUCUCUCAUGUAUCGUCCAUCUUCUCACGUCUGCUAUUUCUUCCCGACAUUUACCAUAGUUCUGUUAUCCGAGCAACACUUCAUGAUCAUAACAAGCACUUCACUGAUUCCGAGUUUAAUUCCUUAACUGCUGAUGGUUUGGAAAAAGAGAUCAUUUCUGUCAUUGAACAUGAGGGCGCCUCCAGGAGUUUGGUUUCCCUUCUUUAUUGCUGGAGAAACUUCUGCUCACGCUACUAUUACAAUUGGUGUCAAAAGAAUGCACCCUGUGGGCUACUUCUUGAUUCAGCUACUGGUGCUAUUGGUUUAGUUAGAAAAUCUUCUGUUUCUCUACUGCGGCAUUUGGAGGAUAUAGAGCUUCUUGCCUACGGGUCGCUUGAUAGACUCGGAGAAGUUGCAAGGUCUAGGAUCAACGUAUCAGGUGAUGUUGAACGCGGAGUACUCUCUGAGGUGCUUCAAUGCACUGCUAGUUUAAGUCAACAUCUGGGGAAAGGUGCCCCUGCUCUAUUUCAUGAAUCUCUUUUCAGUGAACCAUCUGUAUCUGCUGAAGAUGUUGUGGGACGUUUAUUGAAGGUUCUAGAAACCCGAUAUUCUUCUUCUAUAGCUGCUCUUCAUGUAUCAGAGUUAGGUGUCGAUACAGCCUGGGAGAAGGGAGUCGUUGACCACAAAAUUCUCAGAAAAUUCUCCACAGAUAUAUUGUUAUCACUUAAUGGGUUGUACCGAAAAGCUGGAACAUGGGACAAAGUUCUCGAUGUUAUAUUAAAAUACUUGAACUUUUUAGUUCCUCGAAAGAAUGAAAACAAAUCUACUUCUGAUUCGGUUUUUGAUGUUAGGACAUGCAUAACAAUUCAAGUGACUGCACAGGUUGCCAACCUGAUGUUUAAUUCUGCAGUGGACAUAUUAUUGCUGCUCAGCUAUAUGGUGAAGUUAGGUGGCCAGAUUAAUAUGUUACCAGAUGAUGUUUCCAGGGUUCACCUUGAGUUAUACCCACUGAUUCAAGAAAUCAUUACCGAGUGGCAUUUAAUACAUUUUUUCGGGACAACACAUUGUGAAUCACCUACCUUGGAAGAUUUCAGUUCUCGACUUUCUUCAUUACAAUUAGAUAGCAGCGCUAACCGAAGAUCAUGGAUUGAUAAGUUUGGGAAAUGUGACUUUACUUUGGCUUAUAUUCUGUUACUUGAUCAUCAAAGCUCAUUUGAAGACCAGGGUGUUGAUCUAAAACAUCUUCCAAAUCCUGGCUUCUUCAUUGCUCCUGUACAGAACUUCAUAAGUUGGAUAGUCUGGGGCAGGAGUGAAGAUGGGUCAUCUUCUUUCUCCACUCGCUCAAGUAUGCUUGCUUUGAUCUUGCUUAAGCAUGGUCAGUUUGAUGCUGUUGAGCAUCUCCUUACUCUGGUGAACCAAAAUCUAAUCAAGGAGAAAGCAUCUGCAAGUAUUCAGAGUGUGAACGAUGAAUGGUGCACACUCCUUCACCUUCUUGGUUGUUGUUAUCUUGCACAAGCACAGCGUCAAGGACCGCACGGUUCAAUGAAGAAGAAACAUAAUGAAGCUAUUUCCUGCUUUUUUAGAGCUGCAUCUUUGCAUGGGGCAUCAAAGUUGUUGCAGAGUUUGCCAUAUGAAUCUGGAUUGUCGCACCUUGGUUUUACUUAUCAUGUGUCUCCUGCUGCUUGGAAGCUUCAUUAUUAUCAAUGGGCAAUGCAGAUUUUUGAUCAAUAUAAUAUGAGUGCAGGUGCCUGCCAAUUUGCACUUGCUGCUCUUGAACAAGUUGAUGAAGUAUUCAGUCUUAAAGACACUUUUUCUGGGGCAGAUUUACUUGAUGAAUCACCAAUUACCGCCAAAGGACGACUUUGGGCAAAUGUGUUUAAAUUUACACUUGAUUUGAAUUGUUACCAUGAUGCAUAUUGUGCAAUUAUCUCAAACCCAGAUGAAGAAAGCAAAUACAUUUGCCUGAGACGUUUUAUUAUCGUUCUUUAUGAGCGUGGUGCCCUUAAGAUUCUUUGUGAUGGCCAAUUACCUUUUAUUGGUUUAGCUGAGAAGGUGGAGCAGGAGCUUGCUUGGAAGGCAGAGCGUUCAGAUGUUUCCGUGAAACCAAACCCUUAUAAACUCUUAUAUUCAUUCUUUAUGCAUCAACAUAAUUGGCGCAAGGCUGCAAGUUAUAUGUAUCUUCAUUCAUCACAACUGAAAAGCGAAGCAGCUUUGAAAGAUAACCAGGUCCGAUCACUGGCUCUGCAAGAAAGAUUAAACUGCCUCUCUGCAACUAUAAAUGCAUUGCAUCUUGUUCAUCCAACAUGUGCAUGGAUCAACAACCCCCUGGUUCAAGAAAAGUCCAUUCUUAAAGAGUUGUAUCCAAGUAAAAAGGCUAGAAUCACAAUUCCAGAGGAGGAAGCUAAUGAUCGUCUCUCAAGUCAGAAAUUGGAUUCCUGCUUGGAUAUUGAGAAACUAGAAAAUGAGUUUGUCUUGACAUCAGCAGAAUAUUUGCUUUCGCUAGCAAAUGUUAAAUGGACAUUUACUGGAAUUGAGAAGCCCCACCCAAACCUGGUUGAGUUGCUGGUUCAGUCCAAUCUAUAUGAUAUGGUAUUCACUGUAAUUCUAAAAUUCUUCAAGGGUUCAGCAUUGAAGAGGGAACUUGAAAGAGUUUUUAUUGCCAUGACGCUGAAGUGCUGUCCAAUCAGGGAAAGUUCUAAAAAGAAUAGUUUGCUCUUAACAUCAUCAAAGGAUGAGGGUGCCCAUGAGUCUGUUAACAUUGUUGCUGCAGCUCAUCACUCCAAGGGGAAUGACCAGUGGGAUGCACUUGAGCAAUACAUGGAAAAAUACCAAUCCUUUCAUCCUAGAUUACCAGUGAUUGUUGCAGAAACACUUCUCUGUGCUGAUCGGCUUAUUGAACUUCCACUUUGGCUUGUCCAGAUGUUCAAGAGCACACUGAAAGGAUGUUGGGGCAUGGCUGGGUCUGAAGCAAGCCCUGCUUCAUUGUUUCAACUAUAUUCUGAUUAUGGGCGAUAUGCAGAGGCUACUAAUUUGCUGCUUCAGUAUAUUGAAUCUGUUGCAUUGCUGAGACCAGCUGAUGUUAUUCGUAGGAAGAAGACAUUUGCAGUCUGGUUUCCACACACAGCCAUUGAAAGUUUGUUGUGUAAGCUUGGUGAGUUGAUUGGUGCGGGUCAUAUGGUUGAUCAAUGUGAAAAGCUAAGAAACUUGCUACAAAUGGCCCUGUACAAACAUUUCCAACAGUUAAAUGUAGACUCAGAUGAUGUGAUAUCUUCAGCAAUCUCAUCUAGAUACACUUGAGCAUCAUUUGGUGAUCCCUUUUGUGGUUUACUCGCCGUCUUUCAAGAUAACUGUUAUAUAUGUAAAUACUUGAGGCAGUUGAUUUUCAUGUUUAACUGCUUUUAUGGUUUACUUGCCGUCUUUCAAGAUAACUUUUAUAUCUGUAAAUACUUGAGGCAGUUGAUUUUCAUGUUUAACGAGUUUAAGACGUAACCUUGUAUCAAAGUAGCUGCAAGGCUACCAUGAGAGACCUGGAAUCAGUUAUGUUUGGACAGUGCUGAUCUAUGAUUCAUGAUUGAGAUUUGGAAACCAAAUGAAUCUAGCCUUGGUGUUAGUCAUUGUUUAAAGAGUUGAACCAAACAAAAAUAAAUAAUUCCUGUUUUACAAA